AUGAAAGUUUCGGAUCAAUUAUUGGAAAGCGCCUAUUCGGUUGCCAUUGAUCAUGAUCCAAUUACUUUGGAAAAACAAAUUCAUUUGGCUUUAGGUCUUCACAGUUGUAAAGAUGGAAAGAAUGAAAGAAAGGAUUUAAAUUUGGUGAUUGUUUUGGAUAUCAGUGGAUCCAUGUCAAGUUCCAUGUCUGGAAAGGGUUCAGAAUCAAAAAUGAAAGUUGCCAACAAAGUAAUUUGUGAAAUAAUUGAUAAUUUGAAAGAUUUUGAAAGAUUGGGAAUUGUUUUAUUUGAUGAUAAGGCAGAAACUUUUUUACCAUUAACUAUAGUUCAAGAUUUAGAAAAGAAAUCACUUAAAGAGAGGGUAAUGAAGAUUACUGAGAAGGGAUCAACAAAUUUUGAAGCUGGAAUGAAAAGAGGAAUUGAUCUUUUUUCUACAAUGGAUUCGUCUGAUUUAUCCAAUUCGAAUAGAAUUAUUUACUUGACAGAUGCUUGCCCAAAUGUUGGAGGAACAGACAGUCUUGAUGUUCUCACAAAAGAUGCUAACAGUGGACCUUAUGGAAUUCUUUCAACUUUUAUUGGAAUUGGUUUAGAUUUCAAUUCUGAAAUUGUUGAAGAAUUGACCAAAGUUCGUGGUUGUAAUUAUUUCUCAGUUAAAUCCUCUGAAGAAUUUAAAAAGAUUUUGAAUGAAGAUUUCAAUUAUAUUGUAACACCAAUUUGUUACAAUGUCAAAUUGACACUUGAAUCAAAAGAUUAUGAAAUUGAGAAAUGUUUUGGAACCAAUAUGGCUGAGCAAGCAACAGGUGAGAUUAUGAAAUUAGAUUCAUGCUCAGCUGGUCAAUUGGAUGAAAGAGGUGUUAAAGGUGGGAUUGUUUUAUUGAGAUUGAAACAAAAAAGUCAACCAAUUGAGGAUUCUAUCAUUAAAUUGACACUUUCAUAUGAAAAUGAGGAGGGAAAGAAAUUUAGACAAGAAAAACAAGUCACAAUUAAAACUGAUCUUGAUGGAAACUUGUAUGAAACCAAUGGAAUUAGAAAGGCUGUAGCCUUGGUGAGAUAUGUAGAAAUUGUGAAGGAUUAUUUGGACAAGAAGGGAAACCAACACUCAAAAUCAAAUACAUCUCCAGAAUGGAAUUCUAAAUUUUUACAAUUAUCAGAAAUUUUUACCAAUGAAAUGAAUGAAAUAGGAGAUGAACUAAUGAAGCAAGAGCUUGAAGUUAUCAACAAACUAAUUUACUAUUCCAAGUGA